UAUCUGACCAAACAGGUAGAGCUUCUACGGCAAAUGAAUGAGCAGCAUGCAAAAGUUUAUGAGCAGUUAGAUGUCACAGCAAGAGAACUGGAAGAAACCAACCAGAAGCUAGUUGCUGAGAGCAAAGCCUCACAACAAAAAAUCAUAAGCCUGACGGAAACAAUUGAAUGCCUGCAAACAAACAUUGAUCACCUCCAAAGCCAAGUGGAGGAGCUGAAGUCUUCCAACCAAGGAAGAGGGAGGCAGAAGACAUGUGACCGGGAGAAACCAGCACCCAGCUUCUCCUGUCUGAAAGAGCUGUAUGACCUCCGCCAACACUUUGUAUAUGACCACGUGUUUGCUGAGAAGAUCACUUCCUUGCAAAGCCAACAAAGCCCUGAUGAAGAAGAAAAUGAGCACCUGAAAAAGACAGUGACAAUGUUGCAGGCACAGCUGAGCCUAGAGAGGAAGAAGCGAGUGAGCGUGGAGGCAGAGUAUAAGGUGGUACUGAAGGAGAACUGUGAACUAGAGCAGCAGCUGGGUGCCACAGAUGCCUACCGAGCCCGAGCACUGGAGUUGGAGGCAGAGGUGGCUGAGAUGCGGCAGAUGCUGCAGUCAGAGCAUCCUUUUGUGAAUGGUGUUGAGAAGCUGGUACCCGACUCUCUGUUUGUUCCUUUCAAGGAGCCCAGCCAGAGCCUGCUGGAAGAGAUGUUCCUAGCUGCUCCAGAAGCACAUAAAAAACCACUCAAGCGCAGCAGCAGUGAGACGAUGCUUAGCAGCAUGUUAGGGGGUGAUAUCGUGAAGGGCCAUGAAGAGACUUGCAUCAGGAGAGCUAAGGCUGUGAAGCAGAGGGGUAUCUCCCUUCUGCAUGAAGUGGACACUCAGUACAGUGCCCUGAAAGUGAAGUAUGAAGAACUACUGAAGAAGUGCCAGCAGGAGCAGGACUCACUGUCACACAAGGCUGUGCAGACCUCUAAGCUGCCGGCCAGGGACCUGACAGGACUGGUAACCCAGUCUGAGGCUGGAGCCAGUGGCUGGGAACCCACUCCUGUUACCCCAGAGCCCAUCAGUUCCCCCACCACUACACCUCCAGAAUACAAAGCACUAUUUAAGGAGAUAUUUAGUUGCAUCAAGAAAACAAAGCAGGAAAUAGAUGAACAGAGAACAAAAUACCCAUCUCUCUCUCCUUACUCUUAAUGAUACCUCCAGUUAUGAUCUGCUGGUUUUCUCUCAUCCCCUCCCAUUCAGACACAUAAGCGCAAUUUCCAAAGCUUCAUGUUGCUAAAGAUACUUGUCUCAUUGCUUUGCUUAAUUGGCAAAAGCGGGAAGAGAGAUGGCUGAUAAUGUUGACUCUAGGGUCCCUAGGAAGUCUCAUGAUAGACUGGCCUCUGGUUGGUGCAUUGAUUAGGUUGACCUCCAGGAAAAGCCCUAGAACCAGUGGAGGGGGAUCCAUGUAGCUGGGGUAGGCUAAAGCACCAACAGUGUGGGGCAAAAGACAGAAUUGGAACAAGACUAAGGCUGUUCCUAUUGCUUCCAUACUCAGCUUCUCAAACUACUUGGAACUCCAUGGUCUGCUUAAUUAACUAAAAUGCUUUUCAGAAACACCCAUUCCAAAGAAUGUUGAGAAAGCUGAAAUCUAAUUGGAAAUAUGACAUUAACAAGCUCCUUAAACCCCUAAGUUUUGUUGCAUCUGCUACCAGUUGAACGAUGACUGACAGGUAAUCCUAAUAUUUCCAAAUUCAAAUGAAUGCCAGUUGAAAUGGCAAGUUUUGUUUUGAUUAAUGCCUAUUGGUAUAUGCCGAGCAUUCAGCUGUUUUACUCAAAUCUAUAUGUAGUAUUCUGUUUUCAAAUAGAAACUAAAGGAGAAAUGUUAAGGUGUGAUCUGCGCUGACCACUUGGCAGCACAAGCUGCUCCUACUCAGUUCUUAACAUUCCUAGACUUGCAGAAGUUCCUGUCUACUGCAUUACACGGUAUUGAUGUUCUGACUGUGGAAACACUCUUCUCACUUGUACACUUUUAAUUUAAAAAUAUUUAAGAGAACCAUGGUUCUGAUUGUUGUAUAUAUUUUUCUAAAAGCCAAAUAAAGCUAUCUAUGAAUGUGAACAAAUAAA